CAUACACGGUCGGAGUCACCAAGUUCACCUUUAUCUACGCUGGACAUGGUGAUAUAGGUUUCUGUAGGACUUUUCAGGGAUUUUCUACGUAUUUAUUACUAGACUCUUUCCACAGUAUAGGUGAUGCAUCCUCUUACAUCAGUUGUGAUUUUAGCUCUCAUAGGACGGUGUGUACCUGCUCCACGCGCGGAAGCGUGGAACCGGGUACGGUUAGUGGGCGGGGAUAGACACAGUGGGCGACUAGAGGUCAAGAUCAGAGGUGUGUGGCGCACUAUCUGUAAUAAAGGGUGGAGUGAUGCUGAUGCGCAAGUGGUAUGUCGACAACUGGGAUUUCCAGGUGUGGCCAGCUCACUUUUACAGCAUAACCAGUAUGACUCUGGAUCCUGGCCAUAUCGCUUACGCGCGGAUAGUGUGUAAUGGAACAGAGGCGGGCAUUACCCGCUGUGCCAGAAUCACAGAUAAGAACUGUUCCAAUACCGAUGCCGUGGCCGUCGCGUGCCAGGCUCCCCAGCCUACCAGUCGAUCAAUGUCUGUCCACUGCGACCCCUCACAGUACCUUUGUGUGGCGUCAAACAUGUGUAUCCCGGCUCGCUGGAGGUGUAACUACAUGGACGACUGUGGGGAUGGCUCAGACGAGGAGCACUGUGAACCGACGACCAGAAUACCGCUGGUUACAGAUCCGUUUCGCCUGGUGGAUGGCCAUGGUCCGUGGGAGGGUCGACUGGAAGUCAAGUACGCCAACAUUUGGGGCACAGUUUGUGAUGACGGAUUUGAUAUUCUGGCUGCCGACAUUGUUUGUCGGGAUCUCGGAUAUGAGGGCGCCCGUUCUGUACAAAACUUUGGAGCUGGCCGUGGGCAAAUCUGGCUGGACGAGGUCAAUUGUAUCGGGAACGAAACCUCACUGACGAAGUGCCGGAGGAACAAUUUUGCUGUCAAUGAUUGCCAGCAUAAUGAAGAUGUUGGUGUUGUUUGCUAUCCCCAUAAAAAGUGUGGUAUACAGACCGUCCCUGAAGUAUCAAUGAAGAUUGUUGGUGGCCAGAGAGCAAAUCUAGGGAGUUGGCCAUGGCAAGCGUCAAUACGGGUUGUCCUUCCCAGCGGACGAUACGACCAUUACUGUGGAGCAACCCUUAUACACGAGGAAUGGGUCCUCACAGCGGCACACUGCUUCGACAGGCUCCAUGAUUUGGAUGAUUUCCGUGUUGUCCUCGGAGAUCAUCGUUUGUCUGUUACCGAAAAACAUGAACAGACUUUUCAGAUUCGGAGUGUGACAGUUCACGAUGACUACCAUCCAGGUCAACACGAACACGAUAUAGCAAUCGUUAAGCUGGUGGGGGCGGCCAACCUCAGCAGCACCCAUGUCAACACGGUGUGUCUGCCAAGAAAAUCUACUACACAUUUAGCAACUGGAUACAAAUGUUACGCCACAGGGUGGGGCGAUACAGAAGGGACAGGUGACCGGGACGUUCUAAGACAGGUUCGACUGCCAAUAUACCGUAACUCUGCUUGUCGCCAGUUCUACGGCACAAACAUAACGGAUAGCAUGCUGUGUGCUGGGUACGACUUCGGCGGCAAGGAUAGUUGUAGGGGGGAUUCCGGUGGUCCUCUUGUCUGUAAAGCUGCCGGUCACCAUGAGUGGACGCUGGUCGGUGUGACGUCAUGGGGUGAAGGUUGUGCGCGGGCAGGACAUCCCGGAGUAUACGCUCGCACAAAGAAAUACGUGAAUUGGAUUAGAGAGUUCGUGUUCGGUGGCCGUACAGCACGUACUUACAGGAGAUAGUGCCACUUCUGUACGGUAGACAUUAUAAUACAAUAACGGAUUACCACAUUUUCUCUCCAGUAGACAUUAUAAUACUAUAUCGAACUACCACAUUUUCUCUACAGUCUACAUUAUAAUACUAUAUCGGACUACCAUAUUUUUUCUCCAGUAUACAUUAUAAUGCAAUAUAAGACUACCACCUUUCCAUAUGAAUCUCAUUUACUUACUUUGUUACAAGCCCUGUGAAGUGUGAAGUUCUCGUUACAGUGUAUCAUUGAUGGGCUGGUAUAGUUUGAAAUAUAAAGGUAUAUCUGUAAAUUAAUACAAUUAUUGUUAAUCAAUAGUUUUGCCUAAACUUUGGAUUGUUAAUGUUAAACACAAACAACUAUAGGGAAUUGUGUUUGAGAGCUUUCGAAAGCGUGUGAUCUCUUAAUAAAGCAACGAAUGCAAAAGGCGGUUCCUUGACAACCCUUUAUUAUUCAUUUUCCGUAUAAUAUUGAUACCAAACUGAAUCUCAUUCUUCCCAAAAUGACACUGUUGAUGUAUUUAAGGUAAUGUGCGGAACUAAUAAAUAUUUGCAGCUUUAGUGUUUUGGAAUGAAAUAAAAAUGAAAUGCCUGAAC